UUAACUUCAGAAGAAAUGCAAACAUUAUGGGAUGUUAAAUCUCAAGUAGCUAGAUUAUAUGAAGUACUUCAUGUGGACCAAUUUCAGUUGGAGAGGGAAAGAAAACUUUUAUGUGAACUGGAACUAUUAAAACAAGAAUUAGAACCUUUAGAAGCACAAAAAGAAGGUUUAAUGUCUGAAGCUAAAAAACGUACAACAAUACUCUCGUGGUUGGGCCUUGGAUUGAUGGGUGUUCAGUUUGGAAUCCUCGCACGUCUAACUUGGUGGGAAUACUCUUGGGAUAUAAUGGAACCUGUUACUUAUUUUAUAACAUAUGGUACUACUAUGGCAAUGUAUGCAUAUUUUGUUUUGACACGGCAGGUAAGACUUUUUCUUUUAUGGAAUAUAAAAAUUUUUGCAUGCUAUAAAUACAUUUUUAUACAUUAACUUUUGAUGAUGUGUAAUUUUAUAUACCAUUAUUAGAAAAAUUUAA